GAUUGGUCAGUUUGCCGAGAGCGGAAACAGCAGAUGCUUUCUUCAGUCAAACUCUACGCAAUGGCGGAGGUCAUGAGACGGUUCGGGAGAGGGGCUUACAAGCUUUUAAAACCGAGAAAACCUCCACUUUUGGAUAAGAACGGUAAACCGGUUACGACUGAAGCUUAUGUUGCAGCUUUAAUAAACUCUCCACAGCUCUGUGAGAUUCGAAAUGACCGUGUCGAAGCAGCUAAAAGACCGGCAGAUCUGGAGACUCCAGAAGGGACUGUAAACACACUCUUCACCUGCGCUUGCGGCGAUGUAGACAGCGUUAAAGUGCCGCCGGAUCUCCAUUUUGGAAGUGUUAGUAACGUUCCUUGGACUGACCUCCAUGGAUCGAAAUCUAAGGAAUGUCCAGUUCACGUGUCCUCCUGGAGGAGCUCGUGUUUGGGAACUCUCGGAAACCUCCCUCUCUUGUCUAGCCAGUUAAGGAAGUCCAUCUAUAAAAAGACUCUUCGUGGAUUUCCAAAUGAUUAUUUAUGGCAGUUUGUGUGUUUAACCAGAGCUUAUAGUGGCACACAGGAUAAAGGCAGCCCAUUAUACAAAUCAAAGUCUGCUUAUUAUGAUAUUUUGGAUGUUUCUCCAUCCGCCACUUACACGCAAAUCAAGACUGCCUACUAUAAACAGUCCUUCAUAUUUCACCCAGACAAGAACGCAGGGAGCGAGGAGGCCGUGUUCAGGUUUUCUCAGAUCAGCGAGGCGUACAGCGUCCUGGGUAAUAAGGCUCUGAGGAGGAAAUAUGACCGUGGGAUCCUGAGUCAAGCUGACCUGCAGGGAACCAGCAAAGAGGGUCCAGCAUCGGGGCAGCAAAGCAGAACCCGACACGUUCCGUCUGUUGGAGAAGCCCAGCAGAAAAUCUACAAUUUUGAUGCCUUCAUCAAAUCACACUACAGAGAACAACUCAAGAGAGAGCAGGAGAGCCGGGAACACAGAAAAGACUUCAUCAGGAAGGAAAAGGAGCUUCCCGAGAGCAGGAUGAAGGAGUUUGCUAUAGGGUUGAUGAUGGUUUUGUCAAUUUUGAUCUUCUUAAAUAUCUAGAAAGUUUAACUAAAUUACAUAAGGGGUGUGCUGAAAUUAAGGAAUAAAUUUAGCUAAAGUAGGGUUUGUUAUAAUCAUCCCCCUGAAAACUGCUAAAAACAUAUGAAAUUAUACAGGAUUUUAUUAAAAUAGUCUAGUUCAGACGUAAUUUCAUAUGUACACAAUUUUAGAAAAUUGAAUAAAACAUAUUACCCACAUGCCCAGUAGUUUUUUAUGUUAUUAACAUACUUAAUUUUAGAAAAUAAAACAGGACUCUGCUAUUUAAAUAAGAUCCCUUUAUAUAUUUGAUUGUGUGCAUUUGUAAAAGAAGACAGUGUAAAACAAGAUUCAGAAACGCUUUUAAUUUCUAAGGUAUUAUGACGUAUGAAAAUGGUUAAUCAUAACGGAUGCCAUUGCAGCUAUAUAAUCUACUCCGUCUGUUAAACUGUAUUCAAAGUAAUAUGAUUUGUGUAAGUAUGAAGCAUAAGCAUUUAAACUACUAGUAAACACGGAUGGCAUUAUUUUGCACAAAGGACCUUGGUAAAAACCAGCCCUGGUUUGUUAUUAGUUUGGCUUUAUUUCACCUUAGCCCCCAAUUUAUGUUUUAGAAAAAAAUGACAAGUAUUGUGUACAAAACAAAUGUCUGUCACUUUGCAAGUAAAUCAGUGUAAUUUAGUCACUUGGAAGAAAGGUUGUGAACUCUGAAGGAUGUAUGUUGUUAACACAAGCUGUGGGUUCAGUCUGAAACUGGAAUGGUUAUGGAUACUUAAAUUACAGUAAUUCAAUUUAAAUGUGCAAUCCUGUUAUUUAAACACAUGGAUGAAUGUGAAUACUGUGCAAAGAAAAUAAAUCGAAAUAUUUCAGCGAGUGUC